AUGACUAAAAUUCAAUUCAAGUUUACUGACAAAUUUGACAGAUAUGUCAUUAUUGAAUAUGAUUUGAAUUUAAAUGAAUAUAUUAAUUAUUCUUGUCAAGAUAAUGGAAAUAUAGGAUAUCAAGGCGAUAUUAUAUACAUUAGAUGUACCGCAGAAAAAAGAUUGGAUAGCUAUGCUGAACGCGAGUUUAAUUUUGUAGAUUGUUCGAAUAACAACAAUUAUCAACUAAUUAAUACUUCUUCAGAAAGUUCAUUCGAAUUUUAUCUUACUACUCCCAUAAUCACUGAAGAUGCCCCACUUAAAAUUUAUAUUAAAUGUGUCCAUAAUCAAAAUAUCAAUCAAAUAUCAGUAGUAAAGAAUGAAAUAAGUCCCCCUCUUGUAAUUGAUUUUGAAAUGGUUGAAAUAACGGAAGAUUCUGCAACUGUUCGUGUGACAGCAUCAAAAGAUUUAUCUAAUAACUAUGAUUAUACUGAAUAUGGAAUUGGAACACAAGAUACUGCACAAUUCCAUCAAUUCUAUGAUACCGAUAGUUAUCUAACUAAGGAUUUUAAUAUAAAUGAACAGUAG